AUGCCUCAACGCUCUCACUUGGCUAUAACCCGGCCUAGUCUUGUAUCAGACUCUCCAACUUCCAAUUUUCCAUCCGAAAUCUACCAUGACGAACAGCAAGGCACGGAGAAUUGGCUGACCACUGCUGGCGACCGCCAUCCUCCUUCACCGCAUGAUUUCCCCACUGGAGAAAGCCAUGAGGAGUAA